CCAGACACUGGUUAUAAAGUCCACGCAGCCCGCGGGACUCAGCCUCGUCCGGGAUCUCAGAUGGAGGUGAUGGCACCGCGGGCGCUGCUCCUGCUGCUGGCGGCCGCCCUGGCCCUGGCCCAGACCGGCAUAGGCUCACACUCGCUGCGGUAUUUCGAAACCGCCUUGUCCCGGCCCGGCUUCGGGGAGUCCCGGUUCAUUAUCGUCGGCUACGUGGACGACACGCAGUUCAUGCGCUUCGACAGCGACGCGGAGAAUCCGAGGAUGGAGCCGCGGGCGCGGUGGAUGGAGCGGGAGGGGCCGGGGUAUUGGGAGCAGAACACACGGAUGGCGAAGAGACAAGAGCAAUGGUACCGAGUGAACCUGAGGACCGCGCUCCGCUACUACAACCAGAGCGAGGGCGGCUCGCACACCUUCCAGAGGAUGUACGGCUGUGACGUGGGGUCGGACGGAAGCCUCCUCCGCGGAUAUAAUCAGUUCGCCUACGACAGCCUCGAUUACAUCGCCCUGAACGAAGACCUGAAGACCUGGACAGCGGCGGACACAACAGGACGGAUGACACAGAGCAAGUGGGUUCAGGCUGGUGUUGCAGACUAUUACAGAGCCUACCUGGAGGGCGAGUGCGUGGAGUGGCUCCGCAGAUACCUGGAACUCGGGAAGGAGACGCUGAUGCGCUCAGAUCCCCCAAAGGCACAUGUGACCCUUCACCCCAGACCUGAAGGUGAUGUCACCCUGAGGUGCUGGGCCCUGGGCUUCUACCCUGCUGACAUCACCCUGACCUGGCAGUUGAAUGGGGAGGACCUGACCCAGGACAUGGAGCUUGUGGAGACCAGGCCUGCAGGGGAUGGAACCUUCCAGAAGUGGGCAUCUGUAGUGGUGCCUCCUGGGAAGGAGCAGAAUUACACAUGCCUUGUGGAACAUGAGGGGCUGCCUGAGCCCCUCACCUUGAGAUGGGCGCCUUCUCUAUCCACUGACUCCAACAUGGAAACCACUGUCAUUUAUGUCGUCCUUGGAGCCAUCUCUGCUCUGGCCAUUAUUGGAGCUCUGGUGCCUGUUGUGAGGAGGAGGAAGAGAAACACAGGUGGAAAAGGAGGAGUCUACGCCCCUGCUCCAGGUAGUACCCUGGGCAGUGACAGCUCCCAGAGCUCUGAUGUGUCUCUCCCAGAUUGUAAAGGUAACUCUGGGUCUGACUUGGGAGUGGCAAUGUGGACAUGAUUGGGUUUCAGGGACUCCCAGAAUCCCCUGUGAGUGGAGGGUUGUUGGGCUGUUGUCUUCACAGUGAUGGUUUGUGACUCUCGUUCUCUAGCAUGAAGACAGCUGCCUGGAGUGGACUGAGUGACAGACGAUGUGUUCAGGUCUCUCCUUUGUCAUCCAGAGCCCUCAGUUCUCUUUAGACACCAGUGUCUGAAGUUCCCUGUGAUUCUAUGGCUUCAGUGUGAAGAACUGUGGAGCCCAGCCUGCCCUGCACUUCAGGACCCUGCCCUGCACUGCCUGUGUUCCCUUCCCCAGCCAAACUUCAUGGUCCAGCCUGGGAGAGAGAGAGAGAGAGAGAGAGAGAGAGAGAGAGAGAGAGAGAGAGAGAGAUCUGUAUCUUGGGAGCUCCAUGGUGCCCUGAGCUGCAGCUCCUCACUUCCACACUGAGAAUAAGACUCUGAGUGUGAACUUGAUUGUUCACAUCCUUGACCCAAGUGUAGAUGGCUUUUCAAUUACUGGAUGGAAUACUUAGACGUUUUUUGUUCUGGAGUCUUGUUUUAUUUUGUUGAUAAAAAUAAUUGGCAGAUGGAGAAGCUUCCAGAA